AUGCACAAAGCAGCGUGGGCAGGCGGCGGCGUGGGCGGUGGGGCUGCCGGCCCAGGGCUCUCCGCUCUGCCGCCACGGAGCCCUCCGCUCAGCCUGGCAGCGCGGCCGGCCGACGGGGAGGAACCGGGGCGAAAACCCGGCUGGGAGCGACUCAGUAGCGAAAUAGUUAUCUCGCACAGCUUCAGCUUCUCCUGCUUCCCCAGCACUGCUGCCAGCGGGCUGCUGGACAGCCCCACUUCCAUCACCCCGCCGCCCAUGCUGAGCGCCGACGACCUGCUGGGCUCCCCCACCUUGCCUGACUGCGCCAGCAACCCCUUCACCUUCUCCAGCCAGGAGCUGGUCAGUCUCUUCGCCCCCAGCAUGGGGGUACAGGUGCCCAGCGGGAGCUCCCCCACCACCUUCUUGUUCAGGCCCAUGUCUGAGUCCCCCAACAUGUUUGACUCGCCGCCCAGUCCUCAGGACUCCCUGUCUGACCAGGAGGGCUAUCUGAGCAGCUCCAGCAGCAGCCACAGCGGCUCAGAUUCCCCUAUCCUGGACACCUCAAGACGUCUUCCCAUCUUCAGCAGACUCUCCAUCUCCGACGACUAAUCUGGGGUUUCCUCUCGCUCCCUCCCCCUACACCUCUAUUAUGAUGUUAAGCU